AAACUAGUGGAGGGCCAGCUGAGGGUCCGUCAGAUGAUGGACCUUUUGGGGAUACAAUUUCACCACACCGCCUCCUGUCGGGCCGGAGUGAAAAACAAAAACACCACAGUUUCAUUCUCUACAAAGUUAUAAACUGUGAAUAACGUACAGUAAAUAGAACUUAAAGAUUAUUGCAUACAGUAGAAUUUGUCAUAGAUUCGCAUUAUUGGCGUUGUCAGGCAAAAAAGCCAAAAUAUGCCAAAUAUGAAAGAAUAUCUUCUGACCAAUCACAAUCCACUUUGCUUUGAGGGGAACUGGACGGUUGUACGCAUGUGCGCGUAGGCAGCCGUGUGUGAGACGAAAAGAGAGGUAAACAGCUAACAGUUGGUAUCUUAAAACGAUCAAAAAUGGAUACACAGAAAGAUUUACAACCACCCAAGCAGCAGCCUAUGAUCUACAUAUGUGGAGAAUGUCACACAGAAAAUGAAAUUAAGGCCCGUGAUCCAAUCCGAUGCAGAGAGUGUGGCUACAGGAUCAUGUACAAGAAGAGAACAAAGAGAUUGGUUGUUUUUGAUGCCAGAUGAAGAAGAGGAGGAGAGCAGCUGUUUUGAUUUUUGUUGUUUUGUUCUAUUUUUGUAGUGUAUGAGCAUGUAAAUAAAUAGACAUUCAGGCCUGACUCCAGAUUUCUGAAAUAUGGUUAAAACAAAACCCACCAUUUUUAUGUCCUUACAAACAGUCCUGUUUAUUUGUUGCCCAGGAGUGAUGGAUGAAAGUUUUGGUUUUUUAAAUACAUGAUUUUCACUGA